GAACGUCUUUCCAGAGUGUAUUUUCCAUGAUUUUCCCACCUGGCCCUGCAGGAGUGGAAUUCAGAGUUUACUGAUGGCACAGGUCAUGUUUUGCAGGUGAUAAAUGUUUAAGGACAACUUUACAGGAACCCAAGACUUAAGCAACCAUGUCCAGCUCUGGUGAGGCAGAGCUGCUACACACAUUUAAGGGAAUUCCCUUUACCACCAGGUCUUCUCCAGAGCUUUUAAAAUCCUUGGAUACUUUUGAUGCUAGAGAAGAUGAUGUCCUUUUGGUUUCCUAUCCCAAAUCUGGCACUCACUGGCUUGCAGGAGUUAUAACAAAGCUUUACAAUACUCAAGUCACUAUAACAUCUCCCAUUGAAUUUGGAGACAUUUCCCAACUGGAGGAGCUGAAUAAACUCUCAUCAAAAAGAAUCAUCCCAACACACUUAGACUACAACAUGUUGCCUCCAAAUUUUAAGAAUAAGAAAUGCAAGAUGAUCUACAUCAGCAGAAAUCCAAAAGACACUGCAGUUUCCAUGUUUCAUUACUACAGAGAAAACCCAAACCUUCCCACUGUAGACAGCUGGACUGCUUUCUUUGACCUGUUCUUAAAAGGCAAUGUUGUCUGUGGAUCCUGGUUUGAUCAUUUCCUAAGCUGGGAAGAACAUGAAGAUGAUAAAAAUAUCCUCUUUUUGUUCUAUGAAGACAUGAAGAAGGAUCUCCCUAAGGUUGUAAAGGAAAUUACUCUGUUCCUGAGUUUAAAUGUCAGUGACAAUGAUAUCCAAGACAUCUGCAAGAAGUCCUCGUUCUCAGAGAUGAAGAAUGACACAGAAAAGGAGAACAGCAAUCCCAGUCACACCGUGUGUGCUCUGACAUCCAACAGGAAGCUGAUUUUCCGAAAAGGUGCUGUUGGUGAUUGGAAGAACUACUUCACUCCAAAGCAGAAUAUUAGGUUUCAGGAGAUAUUUAAUGAGAAAAUGAAACUCAGCAAGAUGGCAAACAGUUUCAUCUAUGAGUGCUGA